GCGCGCGCCCCAAAAGGAUAGCGCGCCUAACCCACCAGAACCGCGCCGCAACUGACCCGAUUACGCAGCUUUACAACUGGACAGCGCGCGGUUUCCUGUUGUUGGCACCGCUAGACUUGAUAACAUAAGGCAGCUGGAUAGGUAUCUAUCUUCGCCAGGCUAUUGGAUUAUUUGACCGCCUAUACCACAGCACAAAGGGACAAUAAUAUGUCCCAGAGACAGACACCCUCGUGGUGUCUCUUCUUUCCGCUGCUGCUGUUGUGCGUAACAGGACAGCAGUGUCUCGCGGCCCGUCCAUUGCUCGUGUUUCUGAUCGAUGGUUUCCGCUAUGACUACAUGGAUGACCUUCACACGCUACCAGGAUUUCGGGAGCUCGUGAACAAUGGGGUGAAAGUGGACUACAUGACGCCGGACUUUCCGAGUUUAUCAUACCCUAAUUACUACUCUUUAAUGACAGGCCGUCACUGUGACGUUCAUCAGAUGACUGGAAACUACAUGUGGGAUAAUGCCUCUAAGAAAGAGUUUCUGAUUGGGACCAAUCCUGACAGUCGGUUGCCUCUUUGGUGGAAUGGAUCAGAACCAUUAUGGGUCACCCUGCAGAAGCUGGGAAAGAAGGUUUUCAUGUACUACUGGCCUGGCUGCGAGGUGGAGAUUCUGGGUGUACGUCCAUCAUUCUGUGAGAAAUAUGUCUACAAUCCAUCAGAGAAAAAUCUUACAGACUCGAUAGUGAAUGCACUCAACGUCCUAAGCUCAGGGAAAGCAGGCAUGGCAGCAAUAUAUUAUGAGAAAAUAGAUGUGGAGGGCCAUCACUUCGGUCCAGACUCUCAUCAGGUCAGAACAGCUGUGCUGCAACUGGAUCUCGCUAUGCAGACACUCCAUAGCAAAAUCAGAGAGAAAAACAUGGUGAACCAGCUGAACAUUUUGUUAUUUUCAGACCACGGUAUGACAAAGAUCCAGUGGAUGGAGAAGGUCAUAGAGCUGGACAAGUAUAUCAACAUUUCAGACAUUGUCAAGAUGAUGGACAGAGGACCAGUGGUCAGUCUAUGGCCCAAAGAUAACAAGUACCAAGAGGUGUAUGCUGCAUUGUCCCAGGUCCCUAACAUGCAUGUCUAUGCCAGACAAGAGAUACCUGAACGGUUUCAUUUCAAGGAAGGAAAGUUUGUUUCCCCCCUGACGUUGGUUGCUGAGCCAGGCUGGUUUAUUGCUGAGAACAAGGCAAGACUCCCAUACUGGAAAAAUGACUCUGGGGAGACUUCAUGGCAAAAUGGCUGGCAUGGUUAUGACAAUGAGUUCCUUGACAUGAGAGGAUUUUUCUUGGCGACUGGACCUGACUUUAAGCAGAAUGUUCGGGCUGCUCCAAUUCGAGCGGUAGAUGUCUACAACGUGAUGUGCUGGGUGUUGGGAGUGGAACCUUUGCCCAAUAAUGGGUCUUGGUCUCGGGUAGAGUACCUUCUCCUGAAUGGCUCUAAUGGACCAUCUCAGCCCACGACCCUCUGGAUCUGCUAUAUGGGUUUGUUUGGAAUACUUUUGGCACUAUUGGAUGAAAACAUGUAAUACUUAAUUGUUUAUGGCAUGUUAUGAUAGCUUCAAAUGAUAUACUAGAAAGAAUGAGAACAGGACCAGAAAGUUGAAAUAUUAAAGGGCCUGGAGAGUUUGUCAGGACCUAACUAACUCUAAGUCCUAACUCCCUAAAUGAACAGGGAAAAAAGAUAAAAGAUAAAAAAAAAAAAAAGAAAGAGAAAAAGGAUUUCCAUUCUGGAUCCUUAAGAAACCUAAACCUCUCCAACUCACCUUGCCUGAUCAAAAGUUGUUGAUGUGAAUACCUGAAAUGAAAUGUCCAGAGAGAAUCUCAAAAUUUGUUCAUUUUGACAUGAAUUAAUUAAAUAAUCAUUAAUUAAACCCAACUCCUAUUGUUGUAAAACAUGCCACAGGUUGCACUAAUUUACAAACUAAGUCUUUCCAAAUUACUUGUUUUUCCAAGGAACUUUCUCAGAAAUUAUAUAUCACAAGCCUGUAAACUAAAGCAUUAGUGAGUAAUCUUGAAGCUGUUCAACGUAAACCUCCUCCGUUUUUUUUUUGUUUUUUUUUUGCCAUUUAAUCAGUUGAAUAUCAUAUUUAACUAUCACAUUAAGAACACACUGAUAAAAGUUGUACAAUGAAGGAUGAUGAUGAUGAUGCCUUUUUGGUAUGUAUAACAGUAAGACUGGAUAUUAGUGGGGAUGGUGAUAGCUUAAUUUGGUGGUAAAGCACAAUUACCAGUUUUUUUAAAACCUUAAUUCAGUCUGUAUGGUCUAUAAUUGAGAUCCUCGUUUUGAUUGGAUUUUAAUUCAGUUAUUCAUAUCUCUGUAUUACAUCUGUAAGACCCUGUAUGACACAUUUUGUGAAAAGUGCUCUGUAAAUAAAUUUACUUUGAUUUGGCAAAAACAUGGUUCAUUGGGAUCAGGAUUAAACCACAUUGGGUUUUUGCAAGACAGUGUCUCAGGUUAUAAUGUCAAAGAAGUAAUCAUUUGUAGGAAAUUAUACAGAAAAGUGCUGCAAUUGAGGAAACUCUCAAUGAAACUGAGCAUGUUAGGUUUGUCAGAAAUUGGAACACAAAAGCAGACUCUCGGAGACGGAGUUAAGUAAAUGUUAUUUUACUGAAGAGUUCUGAAUUUUCAAAUACACACAAAAAGGAGUCUCUGAACUAAGAGAAAAUUCUAUAGAGGAUCUGGGUGGCAGGUGAGUACCUGUGGUCUUCCAAAGUUUGAUUCCAAAAGUUGAGUCAGAUGAGGUUGGGUUUCUAAAACUGAGCCAAAAGAAGUCUGGAGCUGAACCAGUCGGAGCAGACCAGGCAGGUGAGUGAACCACUUGACGGCAGCAGGUCAGCAUGGAGAUGACUGGCUAGAGCGUGGAGAUGAUUGGCUAGAUCAGGGACAGGUGUGUUGUAUAAUCGGAAAUCAAGUAAGGCGCAACUCAGCUCUGGAUAGGCUCCAGUUAAGACCCACUUACAGGAAGAACAGAAAAACAGAGGCAACUGUGAAAAUAUCCAUAAUUCUAACAAAGCAGCGAUGAAGAUUCUGAGAGCUAAUAUGCCUUACUAAACAUACAUAACAAUACAUUUGAGGUAAAUCAACAA